UUCCGUAGCCUGCAGCAGGCGUGCUCGCUGUUUGCAGCAGUGCCCAGCCUCUCUCUGCGAAAUAAUGCUUUUUGUAUUCCCGCAUGCCGUUUGUUUUCUUUUAUAAAAUGUCAAGUGCAGACAAGUCAUAAUAUUAACCGUCAUGGUCUAUCGUCGAUACAGUAGGUUGACCUAGCUCAUACGAUCCUCAUCAUCAAACGGUGGGUACUCGGCUCUGGCGUCAUGCAUGCACUACCACAGCCGGGGAACCAACGUUAUAUCAAGGUAUAAACAGGAUGAGGCCUAUUUGUUAGACCCCGACCAACCCACCUCCGCUCAACGAGAAUAUCAUCGUGAUGGCCGAUGAUGAUGAUCAACAACAACCUGGUCAGCUGAAGCCCAACUCGGGAUUGGGCUCUCUUCCAACGUUAGUACCAGGACUACAGGGCCCCGAGGCCAAUGCGUUGCAGUACAAAAUAAAGAAUUCAAUUUGCAAAUCUGUACAAUCAAAAGUGGACAACAUAUUGCAAGAUGUUGAGAAGUUUACAGACAUCGAGAAACUCUACCUCUACCUUAAGUUGCCUUCUGGUCCCAACAAUGGCAUUGAUAAAAGGACUGAGAAUCAGAGAGCCUCCACUCCUGGACUAUGUGACCAGAGUGGCAUGUCGUCCAGCCGAACACAGCAGAUGUACGCUUUCAACUGGAUCCGCAAUCACCUAGAGGAGCACCCUGAGACAUCACUGCCAAAGCAAGAGGUGUACGACGAAUACAAGAGCUACUGUGACAGUCUUGCCUACCACCCACUGAGUGCUGCAGACUUUGGAAAGAUCAUGAAGAACGUCUUUCCCAACAUGAAGGCUCGCCGCCUGGGCAUGAGAGGCAAAUCUAAAUACUGUUAUAGUGGACUGAGGAAGAAAGCUUUUGUUCACAUGCCUUCUCUGCCCAACUUGGACUUACAAAAAUCAGAUGACGGGUGUGAGUUAAUGGAGCCGUCGACGGGCCAGUCUCCCAGUGCGGAGGAUGAGAUGCGCUCAGCGGCCUGUGGCUUGGUGUGUGAGUGGGCUCAGAAGGUCCUCAGCAGACAGUUUGAUGCCGUGGAGGACCUGGCUCGCUUCCUGCUCAACAGUCACUACAUAGGAACCAAGUCCAUGGCUGCCCUCACCGUCAUGACUGGGGCUCCCACAGGUCUAAAGACGCCCACGCCAACCUCUGCGUUCGUGCCCACGUCCGAGGCCUCGUCCUUCCAGCCGCAGGUGAAGACGCUGGCCUCUCCCUCGGUAGACGCCAAGCAGCAGCUCCAGAGGAAGAUCCAGAAGAAACAGCAGGAGCAGAAGCUCCAGUCCCCUCUGCCUGGAGAGGCCCAGGGACAGAACCAGGCCAGGAGGGCCGAGGCCAGCACCCCAGGGCCAGCUAUCCCCUGUGGAAGUCCUGCUCUGCUCUCACCACAACCUACCAUUGGUAUAGUGGUGGCAGCCGUCCCCAGCCCCAUCACGGUCCAGAGGAGCAGACAGCUGAUGACUUCCCCUAGCCCAGUGGGAUCCGCCGAGGGGAAGGUCCUGCCAACGGUCAACUUCCAGGUGGUCACUCACACCCAGUCUCUGACCCACAGGCAGUCCCCAAAGACUCCCCAAAACAUCUCAGCCAGCCCCGUUGGCGACCGCCUGGCCAGGCACAGGUACCCCCAGAUCCUCCCCAAGCCCUCAGCCACAGGGGCCAUCACCCUGCGUUCGCCCCCCACCCUGCUCAUCACAAACAGCCCCAUGAAGACCCACCACGUUGUCAAGAUGACCGCCAUCUCCCUGGCCCCUAGCAACACUCUCAGUACCAGCAGUAACAGUAUGGUCCUCAGGCCAGCCUCGGCCGGGGUGGGAACCACCACCACCACCACCACCACCUUUACCACCAUCGCUGCCCUAGAGGAGGUCCAGCAACAGGGACAGAGCCAGGGAGGCCCCCCAGCCCCAGCCACCCCCCAGUCCCCUGCAGCAUGGCCUGGCGCCCCACCCUCCACCCCUAUUCCCACAGUGGUCCCUGAGGCCAUCAUCACUGAUAAUAACCCGGGCUGUAACUCUGAUAAACGGAGCACCAUAAAGCAGUCCCCCUGUGGGGCCAAAGGUCCAGAGAGAGCCACCAAGUACCGGGCGGCCAGCGAACCCUCGCUUAUGGUCAAAUGCUCACCAGGACCUGACAGAGUGACCGCUAGGACCAAAAGCGUCUCAUUCUCCUCCACCUCUCCUCCAGCUGCUGCCACCAAUGCAGCGAUCAAGUGGGCGGGGCCUCAGCAGGACAGCAAUAAGAGCAUCAUCGCCACCACCUGUCAUCAAGAAAGUCCUUUGUACCUGACCGUUGCUCCCUCGGCCAAUCAAAAUACUCCUAACGUCAGCGGAAUGUCCUCCUCGUCCAAUGGCUCGUCGGCUGUUACCUUAUUGUCCCCUAAAGACUCCUCGAUCGGGGUCAAGAGCCCCAGGAAGCGGGCCGGCCCCGGGCUGGAUUCCUCCCACAUCAUCCCUGUGAAACGCGUCUUCAUCUCCCAGCAGCCUUUGAGUGUGACCUUUGACCCCAAACCAUGGGUUCCAGCUAGACCUGGCACUCCUGCCAGACCUGAGAGUGCCCCCUGUCGAGUGACGGUGAAACAACACCUAGUGCCCACGAAGAUCCUGGCGCUGUCCGACUCACCUGUCGCGAACGCAGAGAUCUCCUCCCUCUCUUCCUCGCAGGCUGUCGUCAGUGUGAAGCCACAGAUCUCCUCGUUGCUGGUAGUGAAACGUGAAGACCUGUCCUCUCGAGGACUAACACUAAGCACUGUCAGCAGUUACACCAGCAGCACUGCAGCCCCUGAUAGCACCACCACCACAGUGUCUGAGCAGCAGCAACACUCUCAGGCCUCUGUCUCUGUGAUGGCGGUAGGAGCACAGCAUCAAUCUGAGGCCUCUGUUUCUGCGAUGGCGGUAGGAGCACAGCAUCAAUCUGAGGCCUCUGUUUCUGCGAUGGCGGUAGGAGCACAGCAUCAAUCUGAGGCCUCUGUUUCUGCGAUGGCGGUAGGAGCACAGCAUCAAUCUGAGGCCUCUGUUUCUGCGAUGGCGGUAGGAGCACAGCAUCAAUCUGAGGCCUCUGUUUCUGCGAUGGCGGUAGGAGCACAGCAUCAAUCUGAGGCCUCUGUCUCUGCGAUGGCGGUAGGAGCACAGCAUCAAUCUGAGGCCUCUGUUUCUGCGAUGGCGGUAGGAGCACAGCAUCAAUCUGAGGCCUCUGUUUCUGCGAUGGCGGUAGGAGCACAGCAACACUUUGAGGCCUCUGUCUCUGCGAUGGCGGUAGGAGCACAGCAACAAUCUGAGGCCUCUGUCUCUGCGAUGGCAGUAGGAGCACAGCAACAAUCUGAGGCCUCUGUUUCUGUGAUGGGGGAUAUAAAGAGCACAAUGUGGGAGGAGUCAGCUGCGGGGCACCCGGAAGAGCUGCAGAAACAGACCUUCAGUCAGAAUAUACCAGCAGACCACACCAAGCAGCAGGCCCUGGGCUCCACCAUGAACCAACACCAACUCCCAAACAUCAUGUCCCAGACCUCAGACUCCUCUGAUCAGUUAUCUGGCCUUCACCAGGAGAUAGUGGACUUUGCCUCCUCAGCCUCCCAGCACGGCUCCACCAUGGACUACUUCUCCUUUAACGAUGACGAUAUGACCCAGGACAGCAUAGUGGAGGAACUGGUUCAGAUGGAAGAACAGAUGAAGCUGAAGGGCCUCCAGCCGUUGUUCAGUAGCUGUGUGGAUAAUAUCUCUCUCCAGGGCCAGCCUGGGGGCCCCCAGGGGUCCAUCCUCAACACUCACCACCAGGGGGAUAGUUCCUCUUUCUACCAGUCUGCCCAUAGCAGCACAACCCCCAUCCAGACUCCCACCCCGACUCCCACCCCGACUCCAACCCCGACCCCCACGGAGAUGACUCUCGGUGGGCACGGGCUGACCAGAGAGAGCCCCUGUUGCCAUCACAGCAUGGCCCCUAUCACGCCCGUGGAGGGGCCUCUAGGAGGCCGACACACCCCUAUAAGCGCUCUGUCUAACUGUUCUAGCGGCAUUCCGCCCAGCCCUGUGGAGUGCAGGAACCCGUUUGCCUUCACCCCUAUCAACUCCAGCAUGGCAGGGGGUUACCACGAUGCCUCCGUGGUGUCUGUCUCCUCCAGUCCCAUCAAACCCAUGCAGAGACCCAUGGCCACGCACCCUGAUAAGGCUAAACUGGAGUGGAUCAACAACCGCUACAACAGUAGUGGUACUGAAGCUACUGGAGGAGUCGGAGCAGGGCCAGGGUCUGGGUUAUCCAUCUCUAACCACAGCCUUGGUGGACUCCUGCCUAGUUACCAGGAUCUAGUGGAUGACCAUUUCCGUAAGCCGCACGCCUUCGCUGUUCCGGGGCACAGUGGCCAGUCUUUCCAGUCUCAGUCCAGACUGCAGGAUGGCGAACACUUCUCUCCCAUCUCCCCGGUGCAACAGCAGAUGACCAGCGUGUCGACCACGCCCACCAACACUCCAACCAAACAGGAUGAGAGAUUUGCUGUGCCCGCCCCUUUAGACAACAAGGGCGGCGCCUCAUCGUCGGGGGGCGGGACGUUCCGUUGCCGUAGCGUCAGCCCCGCCGUCCGCCAGAGGACCUUCAGCGGCACCGGCACAACACCCGGCACUAGCACAACCACUCAAUUGGUCGUCUCCCCUUUCAGCUCCCCCAUGACCUCCUCCGAGAUACUCAGCUUCCUGUCCAACAGCCAAUCGGUGGGCAGUAACCUCCACAGCAUGGCCCAGCGCAGCCAAUCGGUGCCCUUAAACAUCAUGAUGCAGAGCGUUGUGGAGAUGGAGCUGCUUCCUGUAGAGAUGCAGGCCAUCCAGGGACAGAACCAGAGUAACGCCAAUAAGAUCACCAACGUCCUCUUGAGUAAGAUGGACUCUGGCGUGGACGACACAGUCAGGGGCCUGGGCAUCAACAACUUCCCCUCCAACUACACUGCCCGCAUGAACCUCACCCAGAUGCUGGAGACCCAGUCUCAGAGCCAGGCCACCAAUGGGAGCUUCACAACCGGAAGGGGAGGAGGUAACACCCACCAAUCCCACCUUCAGCUGCAGACCGUCAGCUCCAGCCCUGCCUCCUUCGACCUCCAGCAGCAUGGGGGCUACCUCACCAGUGCUGGAGGAGGCGGGGGGGGGGUGAGCUUCUCCUCUGGAGACAACCAAGCACAAUCAGGUCCUGGUGAGAAUGUGGACCUGGAGCUCCAGCAGAUCCAGGGCCUCCAAGAGCUCCAGACCCAGACCCAGCUCCAAUCCCAGGCUAGACUGCUCCAGAGUCCCCAUACCCAGCUCCAGGGUGGGCUCCAGCUUCUCCAGACCCAGACCCAGCUCCAAUCCCAGGCUAGACUGCUCCAGAGUCCCCAGCUCCAGGGUGGGCUCCAGCUUCUCCAGACCCAGACCCAGCUCCAAUCCCAGGCUAGACUGCUCCAGAGUCCCCAUCCCCAGCUCCAGCUUCUCCAGACCCAGUCCCAGGUACUCCUCCAGCCCACCCCCACCCAGCAGCAGCAGGAGGAUGACGCCCAGCAACAGCUAGACUUCAACAACACUGUUAAAGACCUGUUAGGUGAUGACGGCCUCAACGUUGACGCUGAAGGCCUCAACCCCAGCUCUCAACUGGUCGGUCAGGUGGCGUCAGAGCUUAAUGCCGCCGUGGUGUCCGACUUCACCAAUGACAUCAGGUUGACCUCCGACCUUUCCAACAGCAUCACUGACCUGAACACACUGGACGCCAACCUCCUGUUCAAUCCGUCCAAUCAGCAGCAAGAACAGUACGAAGACGCCACACUGGAAGAGCUGAAGAACGAUCCUCUGUUUCAGCAGAUAUGUAGUGAUACUGUGAACUCCUCGUUCGACUGGCUAGAGAGCAAAGACCAGCCUACUACCGUAGAGAUGUUGGGCUAAUGUUGUUAUUGUACGCAUCCCAAAUGGAUGCUCAUUCCCUACAUAGUGCACUACUUUUCAUCAGGGUCCAUAGGGUCGACCCAUAGGGCCUGGUCAAACGAAGUGCACUAAAUAUAGGGAAUAGGAUGCCAUUUCAAAUUCAAACCAGUAUUUUUAAAUAAGUGUUUAUGGUUUUCGUUUAGUUGUCUUUUGUUUUGAACUGUGAGUAAUUUGUAUACAGUGUAUUUGGGAAAAUAUUCAGACCCCUUCACUUUUUACACAGUUUGUUACGUUACAUUCAUUCUUAUUCUAAAAUGGAUUCCAUUGUUUUUUUCCCCCUCCAUCAAUUUACACACAAUACCCCAUAAUGACAUCACAAUAACCCAUAAUGACAAAGAAAAAACUGGUUUUUCGAAAUGUUUGCAAAAAUAUAUAUAUAUAUUUUUUUUAAUACCAAAAUAUUUCAUUUACAUAAGUAUUCAGACCCUUUACUCAGUACUUUGUUGAAGCACCUUUGGCAGCGAUUACAGCCUCGAGUCUUCUUGGUUAUGACACUACAAGUAUGGCACACCUGUAUUUGGGGAGUUUCUCCCAUUCUUCUCAGCAGAUCCUCUCAAGCUAUGUCAGGCUGGAUGGGGAUCGUUGCGGCACAGCUAUUUUCAGGUCUCUCCAGAGGUGUUCUCUCGGGUUUAAGUCCAAGCUCUGGCUGGGCCACUCAAGGACAUUCACAGACUUGUCCCCUAAGCCACUCCUGCGUUGUCUUGGCUGUGUGCUUAGGGUCGUUGUCCCAUUGGAAGGUGAACCUUCGCCCCAGUCUGAGGUCCUGAUCGCUCUGGAGCAGGUUUUCAUCAAGGAUCUCUGUACUUUGCUCUGUUCAUCUUUCCCUCGAUCCUGACUAGUCUCCCAGUCGCUGCCUCUGAAAAACGACCAACAGCAUGAUGCUGCCACCACCAUGCUUCACCGUAGAGAUGGUGCCAGGUUUCCUCCAAACGUGACGCUUGGCAUUCAGGCCAAAGAGUUCAAUCUUGGUUUCAUCAGACCAUAGAAUCUUAUUUUUCAUGGUCUGCAUCCUUUAGGUGGCUUUUGGCAAACCAAGCGGGCUGUUAUGUGCCUUUUACUGAGGAGUGGCUUCCGUCUGGCCACUCUACAGUACCAUAAAGGCCUGAUUGGUGGAGUGCUGCAGAGACUGCAGAGAGAAGUUGUCCUUCUGGAAGGUUCUCCCAUCUCCACAGAGAAACUCUGGAGCUCUGUCGGAGCGACUAUCGGGUUCUUAGUCACCUCCCUGACCAAGGCCCUUCUCCCCUGAUUUCUCAGUUUGGCCGGGUGGCCAGCUCUAGGAAGAGUCUUGGUGGUUCCAAACUUCUUCCAUUUAAGAAUGAUGGGAGGCCACUGUGUUCUUGGGGACCUUGAAUGCGCAGACAUUUUUUGGUAUGCUUCCCCAGAUCCUGUGCCUCGACACAAUCCUGUAUCGGAGCUCUAAGGACAAUUCCUUAUACCUAAUGGCUUGGUUUUUGCUCUGACUCGCACUUUGAACUGUGGGACCUUAUAUAGAGAGGUGUGUGCCUUUCCAAAACAUGUCCAAUCAAUUGAAUUUACCACAGGUGGACUCAAAUCAAGUUGUAGAAACAUCUCAAGGAUGAUCAAUGGAAACAGGAUGCACCUGAGCUCAAUAGCUCAAUAGCAAAGGGUCUUAAUACUUAUGUAAAUAACCUAUUUCUGUUUUUUUUAUUUUAUAAAUUUGCACAAAAAAACAACAACUUGUUUCCGCUUUGUCAUUAUGAGGUAUUGUGUGUAGAUUGAUGAGAACAUUUUUUUAAUUAAUCCAUUUUAGAAUAAGGCUGUAAUGUAAUGUGGAAAAGGUCAAGGGGUCUGAAUACUUUUCGAAUGCACUGUAUAUCUAUUUAUUUAUUACUGUUUGUUGGGGAAAAAAUUUGUCCAGUGAAAAGUGCCAGCCUAACCCUUCCUACUGACACGCUGCUUUAUAGCACUGUUAGCCUAACCCUCUCCUACUGACACGCUGCUUUAUAGCACUGUUAGCCUAACCCUCUCCUACUGACACGCUGCUUUAUAGCACUGUUAGCCUAACCCUCUCCUACUGACACGCUGCUUUAUAGCACUGUUAGCCUAACCUCUCCUACUGACACGCUGCUUUAUAGCACUGUUAGCCUAACCCUCUCCUACUGACACACUGCUUUAUAGCACUGUUAGCCUAACCCUCUCCUACUGACACGCUGCUUUAUAGCACUGUUAGCCUAACCCUCUCCUACUAACACACUGCUUUAUAGCACUGUUAAACUAACCCUCUCCUACUGACACGCUGCUUUAUAGCACUGUUAGCCUAACCCUCUCCUACUGACACACUGCUUUAUAGCACUGUUAGCCUAACCCUCUCCUACUGACACACUGCUUUAUAGCACUGUUAGCCUAACCCUCUCCUACUGACACACUGCUUUAUAGCACUGUUAGCCUAACCCUCUCCUACUGACACGCUGCCUGUUAGCCUAACCCUCUCCUACUGACACGCUGCCUGUUAGCCUAACCCUCUCCUACUGACACGCUGCCUGUUAGCCUAACCUCUCCUACUGACACGCUGCUUUAUAGCACUGUUAGCCUAACCCUCUCCUACUGACACACUGCUUUAUAGCACUGUUAGCCUAACCCUCUCCUACUGACACGCUGCCUGUUAGCCUAACCUCUCCUACUGACACGCUGCUUUAUAGCACUGUUAGCCUAACCCUCUCCUACUAACACACUGCUUUAUAGCACUGUUAGCCUAACCUCUCCUACUGACACGCUGCUUUAUAGCACUGUUAGCCUAACCCUCUCCUACUGACACGCUGCUUUAUAGCACUGUUAGCCUAACCCUCUCCUACUGACACGCUGCUUUAUAGCACUGUUAGCCUAACCCUCUCCUACUGACACACUGCUUUAUAGCACUGUUAGCCUAACCCUCUCCUACUGACAUGCUGCUUUAUAGCACUGUUAGCCUAACCUCUCCUACUGACACACUGCUUUAUAGCACUGUUAGCCUAACCUCUCCUACUGACACACUGCUUUAUAGCACUGUUUUUUGUUGUUAUGGGAUUCACAGUACCACUUAAUUUCACCUUCCAAUGAGAUCAGAAAUGAGUGCAUUUCAAGUAUUAGAUGGUAUUUUAAAGCAUCUGAAAAUGAAUGGAUGCUUAUUUUGCCUACAUAGUACACUGCUUUUGUUCCAGGGCCCGCGCCUUUUGACCAGGGCCCGCCUUUUGGCCAGGGCCCGCGUAGGCAUUUCAGUGGCAGACUUGUUGAAAGGGAUAAGAUUUCUCAAGGUUUGAUGAAUACCACAAAGUUAAACUUUAUCUUACAUUUUAAUUGUCUACUCAUUCAACAAUGCAAUAUGUUCUGAAAUCACCUAAUACAUCACUUAAUACACUCUGACACACACAAUCACACGUAUCACACACUAUCACACACAAUCACACAAUCAAAAAUGAACUUCACCCCAAAAAAAUUCUGUGAGAUGUUGUAUCCUGUUUUAGAAGAGUGUGUUUCAAAAGUGAAUCCAAACCGAAAAAUACAAUAUUGAACAUAUUAGGCAACUUAAUGACAUGCGCAUUACAUUGCCUUGCCAUAUCCAAACACUAAAUGGGUAGCAACCAUCCGGGAGCUACCAGGUGCUGAAUUUAAGACAUUAUCUUCAUUAUACAUUAUCAUUAUACCAAAUCAAUUGUACUGGUUCAUAUCUGAACAGCGUUAUCCCACAGUGACAUCUUAAAUCUCAAAGCCUGUGCUACUUGUACCAUUCCAUAUGUGGAAAUGGGAGGAAGAUUAGAUGAUUUGCUAGUGCUGGUAGUCCAUCUGGGUAAGAAACAAUAUAUCACUCCUAGGAAGGGAAGCAACAACAAACUUGACUGCCUUAUUUCUUAUUGAUAAGUCCAAGGCCUUACACCAUCUUUACAGACAGACUGUAUAUAAUAGUAUAGUAGUACAUAGAAUCUGCACAUUCUAGAAGCGAUUCUAGAACCAAACAGAUUCUGGAUCUAGAACCAGAGCUUCACUGUUCAUAUCAAGGCAGCUGUUUAAACUCUGAUCAUGUUUUCAAUACUAUUUCUUAUGGUUCCUUUGUUUAUUUGCAGGGUCACUUAAUGCAUCCAUACUGUAUAAAACAACCCACACUGAGUGUGCCCUUACUUAGUAUCAGUUGUAGAUGGACAGUAGUGUCGGAACAGGCAGACACACCUUUUAGUGGCCAUGGUGUGUUUCUCACAGGCUUGAAAAAAAUAUUGUCCACGUCCCAAAUAUCACCUUAUUCCCUUUAUAGUGCACUACUUUUGAUCAGGGUCCUGGUCCAAAAGUAGUGCACUACAUAGGGAAUAGGGUGCCAUUUAGCUAUGGGCCAUGGUCUAAAGUAGUGCACUACGUAGGGAAUAGGGUGCCAUUUGGGACGCAUGGUUAUAUAAAUGGUAUGGCGGUGGCUAAAUAUGUCAUUGAAGGCAACAGAGGCUGCGAAGAAGAUAGUUGCAUAGAUUUGGUUUCUGGAGUUUGAUGAUGUCAACUUAAGAUCUAGAUACAAAAUGAAUCGUGAUUGUCUUUCCCGGAGAUCCAGCCUUAUUUCCAUACCAAAGAAAAACAGUUGUUUAAAAAUAACCGAAUUUUACGUUAGAAGUUGUAAUAUCGUAGGAGGUUGUUAUACAUGGGAUUUGUAAUCAUCCAUGCACUCCUAGAGACUUAUGUUAUCAGUGGAAAGAAACAGAUAUAACUUGGUGUACGUCCUUAAUGGCACUCUAUAUAGUGCACUUGAUUUUGACCAGGACACAUAGGACCUUGGUCUAAAGUAGUGCACUAUUUAGAGAAUAGGGUGCCAUUUUAGGGUGCCAUUUGGAACACACUGUAUAAGUUUUGUUUCAUUUUGGGGGGGAGAAAAGAAAAGAGGAGAAGGUUCGAAAAUCCAUGUACAGCAUGUUGCUAAGGAAACACUGGGCCAGACAGCAUGUAAACGUAUAUGAAAUGCCGGAGGUCCUUGUUGUUGCUAAGGAAACACUGGGCCAGACAGCAUGUAAACGUAUAUGAAAUGGCAGAGGUCCUUGUUGUUGCUUAGGCAAAACUGGGCCAGACAGCAUGUUGUUGAAACCAUCACUGCUAGCCAGCCAGCUAUGUGAUUAUAAUAGGAUGAUGUGCUUGAAUUUUGGCUAUUGUUAUUGUGGUAAAAGUCAUAGUCAAAAUUAAAGCUCCAUUAAUUUGUAAAUAGGGUAGAUACAUAGAAAUGUAAGGUAUCAAGAAGAAGAAAAAAGACUACUAUAUUAUGGCCAUCAUUCUAGCUAAGUAAGUCUAUGUGCCAUUUAAAGGAGAAGAAAAAAAGCUAAAUGUAUAUUAGUCAAGAUAAUAGAGACUGUGUGUUGUGUGUUGCAUUUCCGGCUCCUCGAUGUAUUUGUAAAAGUAAUGCUGUCUGUUUGGUCUCUGGUUUGCUGAUGUGUUUUGACUUUCCUUUCAAAGGUAAUUAUUAUAAUAAUAAUGAUAAUAAUAGGUCUCUGAUGUGUGCUCUGAAUGAGAACAAUAGCAUGGUUUAUUGAUAAGAAGAAAAAAAAAAUCAAGAGUUAUAUGAUAUAUAUAUAUAUAUAUAUAUAUUAGCUGGUUGCAUACAUUUCUGCAACAUCAUCGAUUCUAUAGACAUUGUGUUCAUGUUUUCAACAAGCAAAACUUUGUAGGUUCACUUUUUAUUGCACUAAAUUUCUAUGAUAUGAAACAUGGCUUUGUCACAAACCUUAUAACGGACAAAUGUCACGAGGGAAUGACGAAAUGAAGGCCCACAACAACAACAACAACAACAACAACAACAAAAAACAUAUUUUUUAUGAUCUAAGAAAGAAUUGUCAUGUAGAAAAUGACUACUGUAAUUGUCAUGUAGCAAAAAAAAAAAAAGUGCAUUAAUAAUGAUCUCAGUGAGAUUUACUCAUUCUCAUCCACGAGAAUAUAAUCUAAGCGUUAAGGAAAAAUUAAAUGUUUAAAAUGAUUUUUUAAAUUUUUUUUAUGUUUAAAAACCUACAUGUUUCAUUAUGUUAAAAAAAUGACUGUAGUACGUAGGCGUGCAUGUGUUCAUGAUUUCUAUCCUGCUACUUUGAAUUGUUAGGUGCCUCCAAAAUGGCACCCUAUUCCCUAUAUAGUACACUACUUUUUACCUGGUCAGAACUGUAGUAGUGCACUAUAUAGGGAAUAGGGUGCCUUUUCGAACGCACACUUAUUAAGGUAACCACUGUCUGCUGUGGUAAGGGCUGGCUCUGUGUACCUGACUGGUAGUGCUACUGUAAUACCUGACUGGCAGUGUUACUGUAGUACCUGACUGGCAGUGUUACUGUAAUACCUGACUGGCAGUGUUACUGUAGUACCUGACUGACAGUGUUACUGUAAUACCUGACUGACAGUGUUACUGUAAUACCUGACUGGCAGUGUUACUGUAAUACCUGACUGGUAGUGCUACUGUAAUACCUGACUGGCAGUGUUACUGUAGUACCUGACUGGCAGUGUUACUGUAGUACCUGACUGGCAGUGUUACUGUAAUACCUGACUGGCAGUGUUACUGUAGUACCUGACUGGCAGUGUUACUGUAAUACCUGACUGGCAGUGUUACUGUAGUACCUGACUGGCAGUGUUACUGUAGUACCUGACUGGCAGUGUUACUGUAGUACCUGACUGGCAGUGUUACUGUAGUACCUGACUGGCAGUGUUACUGUAGUACCUGACUGGCAGUGUUACUGUAGUACCUGACUGGCAGUGUUACUGUAAUACCUGACUGGCAGUGUUACUGUAGUACCUGACUGGCAGUGUUACUGUAGUGACAGUGUUACUGUAGUUAACUUAAUUACAGUAAGUUACAUUAUUUUACAUUGUGGGCUGUUUACUUAAUAUAAGUUAAUAUUGUUCUGUUUGUAUGGAGCUGUUUCGUUAAUGAUGGAUUUAUGUUUUUAUUUUUACAUACUUUUUUUAAUGUAGCAUUUGUAAAGAAAUAUGUUGUUUAAAAAAAAAAAAUCAAGAUUUUUGGCAUUACUA